AUGCAGGCCUUACCAGAGUCGCGUCAACAGACUUUCGAGGAGAUCUAUGGUCCUCCAGAAAACUUCCUAGAGAUAGAAGUACGCCGAGCCCUCAUUGCCUCUGGUGGACAGUAUGGGGCGAACUUCGUCAAGAACCCACAGACUCACGGCUCCUCCCCGCGGAACAUGUACACCUCCUACGAGAUCCAUACACGUACCAACAUUCCCGCCUUCAAAUUGCGUCACUCUGUCGUCCGCCGCCGCUAUUCCGACUUCGAGUACUUCCGCGACAUCCUCGAGCGAGAGAGCGCUAGAGUCACAAUUCCUCCAUUACCAGGCAAAGUCUUCACAAACAGAUUCUCGGACGAUGUAAUUGAGCACAGGAGAGAAGGAUUGCAGCGCUUUCUGCAAAUUGUGGUGGGACAUCCACUGCUGCAGACGGGGAGCAAAGUUCUUGGGGCUUUCAUACAAGAUCCGAAUUGGGACCGGAAUGCUUGGUGA